AUGCCUAAAUUACAAGUUUUGGUAUUUCAAAAGUUGAAAAUAAUUCCACAAUUAAUAUCAGACUUUUUGGCAAACGGAAAUCCUCCAUUCAAAGAUGAGGUUAAUAAUAAUCAAGACCUUAUUGUUGCUAUUACUUGUCAUGAAACUCGCGAAACUACUAUAGCUGAAACACCUGAGGAUUAUGAAAAACUUUAUAAAAGAUGUUGGAAACAGGAACCUAAGCAAAGACCAAUUAUUAAAAAAGUGUUGAAAUGUUUUUGA